AUGGCUCAAGCAAAUACCUCCGCGGCACGCCUCGCCGCCCUGCACGCCCCCGGCAACCCGCUCGUCCUGCCCAACGUCUGGGACACAACCUCUCUCGAGACCAUCACUUCCAUCAACAAAGAGCCCUCCUCCUCCUCCUCCUCCUCUGCUGAUUCUCCCGGAGAGGGCCCGCUCAAAGCCAUAGCCACCGCGUCCUACGCCAUCGCUAAGUCCCUCGGCAUCCAGGACGCCGAGCUUACUUUCGCCCAGAACCUAGCCCGGAUCCAGGAGCUCGCCCCCCUCGUGCACAACGCCGGGCUCCCGCUGUCCGUGGACAUCCAGGACGGCUACGGGUCCAAGAUUGAGGAGUGCGUUGCCGCGGUGGUCAAGGCCGGUGCAGUCGGGGCGAAUAUCGAGGACGUGGUCCUUGCUUCUGAUGAUGUCGAGGGAGGAGCCGGGGCCGGAGGAGUAGGAGUAGGAGGACACAAGGGGGGCGAGUUCUACGGCGUCGAGGAGCAGGCGUCCCGGAUCCGCAGCGCCAUCAGGGCCGCGGAGCAGGCGGGUUGUCCUGGGUUUGUCGUCAAUGCGCGGCACGACGGCUUCUUCUUGCAAGGGGCCACGGGUAAGAGUGACGAAGAGGUGAUGGCGGAGGCGGUGACGAGGGGCAAGGCGUACCUUGAUGCUGGGGCUACAACUGUGUUCUUCUGGGGCGGCUCGGGCAGAGGGCUGCGGACGCAUGAGGUUCAGACGCUGGUCAAGGAGUUGGGUGGGAGGGUGGCUGUCAUGUUGGGUGCAAAAGGGAGGCUGAGUGUCAAGGAGCUGGCGGACAUUGGGGUCGCGAGGAUCAGUGUUGGGCCGAGUCUGAGCUUCUUGAGUCCCGGGGAUGUCAAAGGCGUUGCGAUGAGGAUUUUGGGCGGCGGUGCGUUGGUAGAAAUAUGUUGUGAGUGCAAAAGACACAACGCUGAGCUCGGUAUGGCCUCUGCCUCUGCAGUCCUCUAG